CUCUCCUUUGCCACUUUGCCACCAUGACUAACUUCUAUUAUGGGAAACCAAAAAGCUUCAAUUUUUCCAGAAAAAAAGCAGAUCUAUUUGUCUUCUUUGCUUAAAAUCUCUCUGAUUCAUGCAUAAAGCUUGCAUCUUUGGAGUCUUUUACAUGUUUGUAGUCGUAGUUUUGAUCUAAGGAGCUCUGUUUAGCUAGCGAAGAUCAAACAUGGUGGGUACUAAUCACUUUCCAUUUUCGAAGCCGAGGGAGACGCCUUGGACUUUGAGGUCACGUAGCAGGAGCAUUACUCAAGAAGAACUUGCCAAGCGUCCCGACCCGUUCAGUGUACCGAAUCUUCUUGAUGGGCUUGAAGAUGGUGUAUACGGAUGUCUUGCUGAUAAUGUUAAGAGACUUUGUAAGCUGAGACAGGAAUAUUUGAAUGGUUCUAUCUCACUGGAAGAUAUCGAAGCUAGAGAAGAGAAAAAACCUUCCAAGUUGCCUCAAGAAUCAGUUACUCCUCUAUAUAAAAGGCUGAAGAAGCUCAAGGAAGUGAUUGUUGUGAAGAAUGGAGAUAGCUCAGGAUCUGACAUGAGUCCACAAGGUUAUGACGAGGAGGAUUCAUCGAGUAAUUCAACUGAUAUUGACAAUCAAAGUCCUCUAUAUGUAGAUGCAGAAGAAGAAGAAGAGCUUUGGAGGCAGAUGGCUUUUGCUCAAGAAUCAAUUAAGGUAACGGUGGAGGAUUCACAAAGUAAUGAUCACAAACAAGUCGAAGACUGUGACCAUUCCUUCAUCUGCAAGGACGAUAUUGGAGAAGUGUGUCGUGUUUGUGGACUCAUCAAGAAACCAAUUGAGAGCAUGAUUGAAGUUGUGUUCAACAAGCCAAAGAGAUCAAGAAGAACUUAUAUGCGUGAAAAAGAAAAUGGGGAAACGAGUAGGGCCUUCUCAGGAAUCCAGUCUUCUCAGACAAACAUUUUGGGAGAAAAAAUGUUCAUUCACCCAUGGCAUGAUCAGGAGAUGAGGCCUCACCAGACUGAAGGAUUCAGAUUUUUAUGCAACAACCUUGCAGCGGAUGAGCCAGGUGGAUGCAUAUUAGCUCAUGCACCAGGAUCAGGCAAGACAUUUCUGCUCAUCAGCUUUCUGCAGAGCUUCAUGGCUAUGGAUCCGCAGGCUAGACCAUUGAUUGUGCUACCGAAGGGGAUCAUAGAGUCAUGGAAGAGAGAGUUUACUUUGUGGGAAGUUGAGAAGAUUCCCCUGCUUGAUUUCUACAGCGUGAAAGCAGAAUCACGGAAGCAGCAACUGAAGGUUUUGGGGCAAUGGCUCAAGGAGAGAAGCAUUCUGUUUCUUGGGUACCAACAGUUUACGAGGAUCAUCUGCGAUGAUAAGAAUUUUGAGGCAGCUUCAGAAGAUUGUAAGCUGAUAUUGCUUGAGAAGCCAACGUUGCUUAUACUUGAUGAGGGUCAUACGUCAAGGAAUAAGGAGACGAACAUGCUUAUUUCGCUUGCUCGUGUCAAGACUCCUCGAAAGGUGGUUCUCACAGGGACCUUGUUCCAAAACAACGUUGAGGAAGUGUUCAACAUUUUGAAUCUUGUUCGGCCCAAGUUCUUGAAGCGUCCUGGAACUCGGGAGAUUGUUUCUCGUAUCAUGAGCAAGGCAGAGAUACCGAGAGGCAAACAGGUGAACCAGAGUAGUAUCGAGGGGACUUUCUUCGCUGCAGUAGAGCUUACAUUACAGAAGAGUAUAGACUUUUCUGCCAAAGCCAGCUUGAUAAAGGAUCUCCGCGAAAUGACCCGUAAUAUCUUGCAUUAUCACAAAGCAGAUUUUAGCGGCUUGCUUCCGGGGCUUAGUGAGUUCACUGUCAUGCUAAAUUUGAGCUCAAUUCAGAGAGAUGAAAUCAAGGGUCUGAGGAAAAUGGAACUGUUCAAGCAGAUCUCUCUUGGUGCUGCUUUGUAUAUACACCCAAAGCUCAAAUCUUUCUUGGAGGAAAACCCUUCCAACGGGGAAAAAGGUUUUGCUGAUAACAACGCAACAGUUAUGAAGCUGGACAAGAUGCUGAAGAAGAUCAAUGUCAGAGAUGGUGUGAAGAUGAAAUUCUUCCUCAACCUCUUAGCUCUGUGUGAAUCAACAGGAGAGAAGCUUUUGGUGUUCAGCCAAUACAUUGUUCCAAUAAAGACUCUUGAGAGACUGAUGAGCUCAAUGAAAGGUUGGCGUUUAGGGAAAGAGAUGUUCACAAUCACAGGUGAUUCAAGCAAUGAACAGAGAGAAUGGUCAAUGGAGAGAUUCAACAAUUCACCAGAGGCUAAAGUGUUUUUCGGAUCGAUCAAAGCUUGUGGGGAAGGAAUAUCACUAGUGGGUGCAUCACGAGUUCUGAUUCUUGAUGUUCAUCUGAACCCAUCAGUGACUCAGCAAGCCGUGGCUCGAGCUUAUAGACCAGGACAGAAGAGGAAAGUGUAUGCGUACAAGCUCGUAGCUGCGGAGUCACCAGAGGAAGAGAACUACGAAACGUGUACGCGUAAAGAGAUGAUGUCUAAGAUGUGGUUCGAGUGGAAUGUUGGCUCAGGAAGAGGUGAUUUUGGGCUAAGAGCCAUUGAUGUUGAUCACUCCGGUGAUGCGUUUCUUGAAACGACCAAGAUGAAGGAAGAUAUCAAGUGUUUAUACACAAGGUAAACCGAUUCGAACCGGAUAUUGAUCGUUUGGUCAAUCAGAUAAUAAUAACAUUAUAUUUGCAUUUAUGUUUUCUAAACACUCUGGUUCGAUGGUUCAACGUGGUUUCGGUUUAUUUUCU